GAAGGCCGGUCGGGUGGGGUAUUUAAGUAGUCUUCGGCGCCCAGUUGCGAGAGAGAAGACCCACAGAAGCCAAACCGCCAUCAAAUGCUGGCAACGUCCUGCUGCUUUUGAGACACAAAAAGGUCAAGAAGAGCCAGCUGCUUGCUUAAACGGUCUCCCAGUGUUCGUCCAAACACCGAUCCGUUCAAACAUCCAGUUCUGUGGACACUUUUAUUUCGUUUCUUUUUGUUCUUUUCUUUUCCACCGCAUUUCGUGAGUCCCGACUUGUCAUAGCUUUGACGUCUCGACGCUAUCGUUUCUCCAUUGUCUGCCGUGUGCUCCGCAUCUAGCUCUGAAAUAUUAUCCUUUCAUCCCGUUUGUUGCACGCUUUCCGCUCGCCCGUCGUAAACCGCGAUGAUCAAAUUCAAUUGCUCCUUUUCGGCAUUGUUCCUGCUGUUUGGUUUCUCGGCAACAAUAGGCUUUUCCGUGUCGAAUAAUCGGAGAUUGGAUACUGACAGACUACGAGCGGAUGACAAAAUGCUCGCUGAAUUAGCCGAAAGUGGUUCGGGCGAGAGGAUUCAUCUGGAUUCUUGGUUGAAUCCGUCGACUUCCAACACCAAAUCGUGUUGCGACCGCGUACCAAAGAAAUACUUUGUUGGAAAGGGAUUGGAUGGUGAUAUUUCCGUAGAUAUGGGCCAAUGUCGACAGUCUUGUUCAGCCAAAAGGACGAAGAUCAACCGGAAAGAAUUCGAAGCCAUUCUGAAGGCCAACUAUUCUGUUGACCCAGUUGAGUUGUACUUGGCCAUGCAACGAGAUGUUGCGCCAAAGUCGUGCGGCGAGGACUCGCAUUGUUUACCUACGCGCACCGUAGUGGAACGACACAUGACCAUGUCAGGGAUGCAGGAAGUGGCUGUUAUCGAAGACUGCUCUUGCAUGUCUGAUCCUGAGCUCUGUCAUCGUGUCGAGGAGCGCGUCAUUCAUUUCCCAGGAACGCCAUUUGAAACUUCGGUCGAUGUCGGUAGAUGCUCAGGACCUUGCAUGUCUGGUAAUGCGCUCAGCUGCAGGUCGACGCGGAAUAAAACUGUCGCUAUUGCUGGACCGAACGGAGAUGCGUGCGUCGAAGUGAUUGAUAAGUGCAGCUGCACAUCGUCGUGCUACCGCGCCUCGUCGAUGGAACAUGUUUACGACUUUGCUCCGCCGCUAGACGACGAAACAUCAGCAGACAGCCCUGCCAUCAAGGUGGUCGAUGUCGGCAAGUGCGUCGGAGAGUGCAGCACCUCGCAUCACAAGGAGCGCUGCGUUCUCAGAGACAAGGAUGACAACUCCAAGUGCCUGAUGUCCCUUACUCGGCGGGAGAACAACUGCGUUCCUAUGGGCUUCCAGCUGCACCGCUUCCGGAACAAGAACGGUACAAUGAAGAGCAUGCUCUCCAUAACCGACUGUGGCUGCCAAUAAUAUCUGACCAUUCUAUACACACCGAAAGGAUUAUUCCGUGACAAAAAAAAAAUCAUCGUUGAAGUGCUUAACAACGCCAUCACAUCGACAUUUUAUUUAAUCGUUUUGUAUUAUCUAAUUUGAUAUAUAUAUUUUUCAGUCGUUUUGGUUUAUUGGCCAAUCUGCUCACUUUUUUUCCAAAUAUUUCCAUUCACAAAACGAAUUGACGAUCUAUGACAGCCAGCCGCUCAGAAAAUAGAGGCACUGUGAUAAUGUAUGGAAUGCAUUUUAGAAACCCAAUAAGAGAACUAAGAUAUUGCAAAUAAUCAUCAAGGAAUUUCAAAACAUCAUUUGAAGCGUUUUGGAUAUCUUUUAUGAACUUGCUUGCUGCUCGCUUUUGUUCUGUUUAACCGGUUUAAUCUUUUGUAAAUAAAUAAACAACGCUGAACUUAAAAGACGCCGCCGCUUUGAUUUGCUUAUCGGAAAUCAGUGACUCUUUACGGAAUGAUAAUGUCGAUUACAAUUUGGACCGGUAUAUAUCAAUAUAUGCACACUCAGUAUUUUUCUUGAGCAAUUUAAUCUUUGUUUUUUUAGAAAAGUAUAA